AUCCGCUGGUUCACGUCGGUUAGCACAGGGUGUAGCAAACAAAGAUGGGUCAGAAUUGAGCGAAAGAAGUGGAUUUUAUCGACUGGGAUUACGAUUUAUGCAAGAAGUAACGCGUAUGUAAACGUAAAUUUCGGUGCGUCUGUUGAUAAUCGUAUUAGCAUCGUGAAGGUAGAUUCCACUUCUGUGCUGCUGACACGUGAACCGCGAAUAGAAAAGCCAAAUCCGGACAUGCUGAGCGACGACGCUUGUUUUUGAAGCAAUGGUUAAAACGGAGGCAUCAGAAGAGAUAACUCAAAGUCCGGAAUAUGGGACGACCGAUGUCCCAUCCUUCUCCGGCAGAAAAGAGAAGCCUUUGGAGUCUUUGGACGAUUCCAAGAUGGCUCCACUGAUCGGCUCGGUCUUAAUAACCCCUCCGGAGCAAAGUUCUGAUGAGCCAUCUGAGAGAGAUGACCCGGAAGACGUUGGUGACACAAGUUGUCAGGAUGAUGGCAAGGCGUCCGCUGUCAACGAAUCCGGCUCAUUACCUCCAGGAGAUAAAAUUCCUCCCGCCAGCAUUUGCCUUCGCAAGUCCAGGAGGCCGCGGAACGACACGUCGCUCGUUUUGUUGACCAGGAGGUUCCUGCAGCUGCUCCGGCAGUCCAAAGACGGCAGUCUGGAGCUGAACUACGUCAGCCAGGAGCUCGGGUACACCAAGAGACGUCUCUAUGACGUCACAAACGUGCUGGAGGGGAUCAAGUUAAUCAGAAAGAAAUAUAAGAAUCACAUCCAGUGGUUGGGUGGUUGCUUCACCGAUACCAGGAUUCAAAUAUUAGAUAAUCUCGCUAAAGAAGAGGAGAAGCUGGACGAGCUGAUCAAAGCAUACAUGGAGGAGGUUCAGCAGAUUUGUGUGGAUGAGCACACCAGCAGAUUUGCCUACGUGACCUAUGAGGACAUUCAAAGCAUUCCCCGAAUGAAAGAGCAAACUGUGCUCGUGGUCAAAGGCCCCGAAGACACGACGCUGAACGUUCCACACCCGAAAGAGAGCCUCCAAGUCCAUCUCAAGAGCACUCGAGGACCAAUUGACGUGCUGAUCUGCUCCGAUGAGCCUCUUCCGAUGGAGGUCACCGAUGGCGAAGUGGCCGGCGCUGCUGCGCCUGACUCAUUACACCCCUCCCUGGUUCAGAUGCCCCUGAAAAGUGAACCCUGUUUUUAAGAAUGUCGCUGAGACUUGUUUUCCUAAACAUUGAGAACACGCCGGUUACAUCGCUGAGCUUUAUUCCAUCUGCUGACGGACGUGUUUUCUGAUGACCGUCUUUGUGCAAAUUGUUACACCGAAAAAAGCAGCCAUUUCAUUCACUCGACGACUCUGAAUGUACCCAAAAAUGUAGUCGCUCGUUUUACUGGUGUUUGUAAGGCGAUCAUCACGUCUUUUCGACUUGUUAAGUAGCGAUUAAUGCACUACACCCAUCGGCCUCAAAGCUGGUCACCGUGUGAAGACAUUUUUGUACUUCUAUGAGUGCGGCGUUUUAACUUCCAUGUGCUUUUAAUGUCAACGCGGAGCAAUAAAAGUGGUCCAGCGCCUUUAAUUAUGAUCAUAAAACCAUACACCACAAUUCGUCCCUCUCAACAGAAGUCAUAAGUAUGCUCUGAAUGCCUUAUGAUUUUGUUUGAAUGUGGAAAGAUUUCAAAUGGUUUUUAAUCAAUGGAGAAAAGUUAAUAAAUCAUGUUUGGUUUUUA